AUGGCCGGAAUCCCCGAGCCCGGGGCGAGGGGUGAAGUGGCUGACGCAACCCCGGAUAGAUCAGAUGCGCCGAAAACGGUUUUGCAACCGCAACGAAAGCCACGCUUCUCGAGUCUCGACGCCAAACCUUCAGAUAUUAGCAGAGGCACUCGUCCACAACCAAGGCCACUCGAGGUAAUCGACAUGCCUGCCUCGGAAUAUGCACAGCCAAAAAAAAAAUAUCGUAACACAACAUCGAAUUCGCAAGGCCUAGCCCAGCAGCCUGGUUAUUCGAUUCUAGGAUUAGAUCUUGCAGCGACUAGCUCUGAAUCUACGUAUAGUACCGGGGGGUCUAGAACGAUACUCCAGAUCGCAAGAAACAAAAAAGAAAAGAAAAUCUCGCGCGGCGUAAUAAAGGAGGCCGAGGGAAUUCUCACGUCUUAUGACAAUUUUGGGGAGGGGGGAGAGAGAGAAGUGAUGGAGUCGGACACAGUUCUCGAACGCUAUAACUUACGACCGAUGACUCCAGAUAGUCAAGAAGAAAGCUACCUAGCUUAUCACGAGAGAUUUUGUCGAGGAGACAAUGUUCUUUUCGCCAUGGAUUGA